UGGCACAGCUCAGGGAGGUUUUUAUAAAAGGAGAUGCGGCAGCCAGGGAGAGGAGACUGAAGCUAGUCUCUGCCUCGCAGCUUCUCUCUCGCAAAAAGCUCCCCGAAAUUUAUCCGUCAUGCCGACGAUGGGCAGGUUUGUUGCAGUGCUUCUGCUGACCUGGACUAUAUGUGCAGCUGCCAUCCCGGGAGAAGAUAACUUUUCUGCACAGACCAGCAGGGAGCAACCCAAAUCUCAGAAAAGUCUCGUUCUGAAGAUGCUCGCGGGGCUCCUCAACGGAGUCGAGGCGGAUCGUGACGCAGCGGCUUUCGCCGAUUUCGAAGAUCCCCUAGAAAGGAAACUGGAGGAAGAGCCCUUGAUGCUGGGGCCGUCGCCGCACCUCAGCCCGCGAGACCGCAAAACUCCAUGUAAAAACUUCUUUUGGAAAACCUUCACGUCCUGCUAACAAUUCCUCCGCGGCCUUUUCUGGCUUCUGGAGCUAUUUAGCCUGUGUGGCUCCUGCCCAUCAAGAGGAGUCUCGAUCUGCA